ACCCGACACAACACAGAACACUUUCGAACUUCCAUGAUGUCAUUUGGUUCGCACGGAUGGUAGAGAAAAGCAAUAGUUUAGUUAUCGCUUAAAGUUAAUCACAUUAAUCAAUAAAACGUCCAUAACAUUAGUGCAAAUGUGAAAAGGAAACUCUGUGCAACGAAUUUACGUGUAAAACAAUGGCAUCAAUAGAAGAAUUACGAUCGGAAAUUGAACGGUUGUCUCGCGAAUUGGAUCAAGCAAGUAGCGAAAAAAUUCAAUCAGCUCAGUACGGACUUAGUUUGUUGGAAGAAAAAAGCCAGUUGCAAGAGAAGUGCGAAGAGUUGGAAUUGCUCUACGAAAAUGCAAGACAUGAAUUGGAUAUUACACAGGAGGCACUUGCUAAAUUUCAAUCAUCUCACAAAUUCUCCACCAAAAGUGGAAUCGAACAAGAAGAUGCACUACUGAACGAGUCAGCAGCGAAAGAGUCAUCGCUCACCCUGCAUAUCUUUGAACUGGAAAAUGAAACGAAACAACUACGACAUGAAUUGGAUCGUGUUCGCAAUGAACGGGAUCGCAUGCUACAAGAGAACAGCGAAAUCGGGCGCGACAAACAGGAUGCCGAUUCGGAAAAACUGAAGCUCAAGAACGAAUUGAAAGACUUGAAAUUUCGUGAAACUCGGAUGCUGGCGGAUUAUUCUGAAUUGGAGGAGGAGAAUAUAACGCUACAGAAGCAGGUGUCCAGUCUUCGUUGCUCUCAGGUCGAAUUCGAAACCGCCAAGUACGAAAUUCGUCGACUGUCUGAGGAAAUCGAAUUGCUAAAUUCGAAAUGCGAGGAAUUGGGAAAACUCAAACAAAUUGCUGAAAAGCAAAUGGAAGAGGCUUUAGAAGCAUUACAGGGAGAACGUGAGUCGAAAUACGCACUCAAAAAGGAACUCGACGCACAUAUCAAUCGCGAAUUUAAUCGUGAAUCGAUGUACAAUCUAAACAAUUUGGCAUACACGAUACGUGGCAUCGACGAAGCAAAUCUGAAUAGUGACGGCGAGGAGGAAAACACAGCGCUGAAGCGAUUCGAAGCCGAUCUGACCACCGAACUGAAGACACCCGAUGGUACGAAAGUCGAUCUCUUUUCCGAAAUCCAUUUGAAUGAACUGAAGAAAAUGGAAAAGCAGCUCGAAGUGUUGGAGUCGGAAAAGUCUCAUCUGACUGUCAACUUACGUGAUGCUCAGCAGAGUCUCGACAAAAGUCAAAAUGAAUUGCAAAAUUUCAUGGCCAGAUUACACUUGCUUGCGGCUCAUGUCGAUUCACUGCAACAGUUGAAGCGACAAGUGGAAUCACAGGACACAAUCAAAGCAGCUGCUAUCAAAGAUAAUAAGCAGAACGAGUUCAGCGAGAAAAUCAAUAUGGCCAUCAAUCAAUACUCGAAUUGGUUCCAAUUGAGCGCCAAGGAAAUCGAUGGCCUGAAAACCGAUUUAAUUGAACUGCAAAAAGGACUGAACUGCUCGGAUGCCAUGCAAACGCUUCGUGAUGAAAUAACCAACUUGAAAAAUAAACUUCUGACGAACGAGCAAAAGUCAUUGGAUUUACACAGCGAUGUGCAAACGCUGACAGUGAUCUCCCAGAAUGCCGGUCAGAGUUUAAGUUCGGCCCGAAACACGCUGAUCGGUUUAAGUGAUGAUCUAGCUCAUUUGUAUCAUCUAGUCUGUACGGUGAAUGGCGAGACGCCUAGUCGAGUCUUGCUCGAUCACAAAAGCGACGAAUUUAGUUUGGACAAUGAUUCUCUGUCAGCCAUUCAAUCUCAAUUCAAAUCAGACAUCCUACUGCAACGUGCCCACAUACUGGAAGACUUGCAAGGCCUAGCUGAUUCGGUUGAAAUCAAGAAAUACGUGGAAACCGUCACGGAUCAGUUGAAACACUUAAAGACUGCAAUCGAGCACACCAUAGAACUGAACAAAAACGGAUCACUGAAUGAUAACGGCAGCGGUAACACCGAAGAUCGUGACAAUCGCGAAGAAAUUUCCGAACUUCAAGAACAAAUCGUCAAAUUGAAGAGUUUGUUGUCGACGAAGCGAGAACAGAUCGCUGCACUGCGUACGGUGCUCAAGUCAAAUAAAAACACCGCCGAAGUGGCCCUAACCAAUUUGAAGUCGAAAUACGAGAACGAGAAGUUGGUUGUCAACGAAACCAUGUCGAAAUUGCGUAACGAAUUGCGUGUUCUCAAAGAGGAUGCUGCCACAUUUUCGAGUUUACGUGCUAUGUUCGCUGCCAGAUGUGAGGAGUAUGUCGCACAGGUGGAUGAUUUGACCCGGCACAAUGAAGCCGCCGAAGAAGAGAAGAAAACACUCAACCAAUUGUUGCGUUUGGCUGUACAACAGAAGUUGGUGCUGAAUCAGCGCAUCGAAGAAUUCGAAAUGGAUCGUGAAAUGCGUCAAACUCGUCGUCAGAUGCCUCCACCGCGAGGUGGUAGUAAGUCUGCAUUCGGUCGAUCGUCAGCUACGAACAAAUCGAAUACAGAUACACGAAAACCACAACUAAAAAGAAGAAACUGAAACUAACAUACCACUAGAUGUAUAAGUGUUUUAAAUGUCCGGGGGAUGCAAAACAAAAGCGAGAAAGAAGGAAAUAAUUAAAUUUUGAGUGCAUACGUUUUCCCCCGUUUACCCGAAAGAAAGAUACAUUGUGUUCUACAGUAAAAUAUGCAAGGAGCUGUGUGCUCUUUUCAAUUUGAUUUUUAUUUACAUUCAGUGAACACUUGAACGGACACAAAUUAUUGAUAUACUUAAUUGAGUAUUUUAUAAAACAAAAUUUUAGCCGAAGCUGUACGUGAAAUUAAUUGAGAUAAAAUAGGAAAUAGGAAAAUAAAACCGUUCCGCCAAUGAAAACAAAUGAGAGAAAGAAAAACAAAAAUUAUAAAACGAAAACCGAGAGGAAUAUUUUUCUUAUUAAUUUUAUAUAAAUUUAGAGUAUUUUGUAAGCUGAUUAGACGAUAUGUGUCGGUGAUCUUUUUUUGCCCCAUUUUGUUUUUUCUAUUUUGUAAACUUAUUGAAAUAAAAGUGCAACUAACAACACACGGCACAGAUGUGUGUUACACGCCGUACUGUUAAAACGAACACAAAAAAAA